GUUCAAAUGGAUAUUGACGAGGCUGCCAUCGAUGAAGGCCUGUACUCCCGCCAACUCUACGUCCUCGGACACGAAGCCAUGAAACGAAUGGCUGUUUCAAAUGUAUUGAUCGUGGGACUUCAAGGCUUGGGCGUCGAGAUAGCUAAAAACGUUGCUCUUGCCGGCGUCAAGUCCGUUACAAUCUAUGAUCCAGAACUUGUCACGGUGCAAGAUUUAAACACUAAUAAUCCUUUUCAGUUUUUUCUGCGAUCUGAAGAUAUAGGGAAGUCUCGCGCCGCGGCCACUCUUCCCCGGCUCGCAGAACUGAAUGCGUACGUCCCCGUUAGGGACCUCGGGGGGAUGCCAGGUGACGCAAUUACGGUGGACCUCAUCAAAGGUUUUCAGGUUGUUGUACUGUGUGGCGUGCCGCAUCGCAAGCAACUUGAAAUCAAUGAUUGGACUCAUCAGAACGGAGUUCCAUUUAUUUCGACGGAGACGAGAGGUCUCUUUGGUUCCGCCUUUACUGAUUUCGGCGCCAAAUUCGCUUGCGUCGAUCCAACUGGCGAACAACCUCUUACUGGAAUGAUUGUAUCAGUUAGCAAGCCUCAGGACAAUGAAGGGCUAGUGACCUGCCUAGAUGAGACACGACACGGUCUAGAAGAUGGUGAUUUUGUGACAUUCACCGAGGUACAAGGAAUGCGGCAAUUAAAUGACUGUGAGCCACGGAAAGUGACGGUCAAAGGGCCCUACACCUUUACCAUUGGUGAUACCUCGAAAUUCGAUGAUUAUAAAACUGGCGGUAUCUUCACUCAAGUCAAAAUGCCAAAGAUCAUAGACUUCAAACCUCUUAGGGAAUCUUCACUGUCACCCGAGUUUUUCAUAACAGAUUUCGCCAAAUUUGAUCGACCGGCAACUCUGCACGCUACCUUCCAGGCGCUUUCGGAAUUUAGGACGCAGCACGGCAGACUACCCCGUCCCAGAAACGAGGCCGACGCAGUGAUACUGUUAACAUUGGCCAAGGAAUUGGACAAGGAGAUCGACGAAAAGAUUGUUAAGGAGCUUGCAUACCAAGCCACAGGAGAUUUAUCCCCCAUAAACGCGGUAAUGGGCGGUUUCGUUGCUCAAGAAGUGCUAAAGGCUUGUUCUGCGAAAUUCCAUCCCAUGGUUCAGCACAUGUACUUUGACUCGCUCGAAUCACUGCCCGAUACUCUUCCCUCGGAAGAAGACUGUCAGCCAACAGACUCCCGUUAUGACGGUCAAGUAGCAGUGUUUGGUCGAGCGUUCCAAGAGCAAAUUUCGAAUCACCGACAAUUCCUUGUGGGGUCUGGAGCGAUAGGGUGUGAAAUGUUGAAGAAUUGGAGCAUGAUGGGUCUCGGAUCUGGUCCGGAUGGCAUCGUUCAUGUCACUGAUCUCGAUACAAUCGAGAAAAGCAAUCUUAACAGGCAGUUCUUGUUUCGACCCAAAGACUUGGGCAAGUUCAAGGCGGAGGUUGCUGCGGUCGCUGUUGCGGAUAUGAACCCUGACUUGACCAACAAGAUUAUAGCGAAGCAAGAGCCAGUUGGGACCGCGACUGAGGGCAUAUAUGAUGAGGCGUUCUUUGAAGGUAUUGAUGGAGUCACAAACGCUCUGGAUAACAUCAAAGCUCGCCUGUAUAUGGACCAAAGAUGUGUCUUCUAUCGUAAACCUUUGCUUGAAUCCGGGACCUUGGGCACGAAAGGAAACACUCAAGUAGUAAUUCCUGACGUGACGGAAUCAUACGCUUCAUCACAAGAUCCUCCAGAGAAAGAAACGCCCUCCUGUACCAUCAAAAACUUUCCAAAUGCUAUCAACCAUACAAUUGAGUGGAGUCGAACUCAAUUCGACAACUUGUUUGUGAAGCCUGCGCAGUCAGUCAAUGCGUACCUAUCAGAACCCAACUAUCUGGAGAGCACCUUGAAGUACUCUGGCCAGCAAAAGGAGCAAACCGAACAAAUUGUCUCAUUCCUUGUCACCAACAAACCUCUCACUUUUGAGGAAUGUAUCAUUUGGGCUCGUCUUCAAUUUGAGAGAGACUACAACAAUGAUAUUCGUCAACUAUUAUUCAGUCUUCCAAAGGACGCUGUCACCAGUACAGGUCUGCCAUUCUGGAGUGGACCGAAACGGGCUCCUGACGCUUUGACCUUCAAUUCAAACGACCCUGUUCAUCUUGCGUAUAUCAUCGCUGCAGCUAACUUGCACGCCUUCAACUACGGUUUACGGGGAGAGACUGACCCAGCUGUCUUCCGCAAGAUUGUGGAUGCCGUUAUUGUCCCCGAAUUCACUCCCAGAAGCGGCGUGAAGGUUCAGAUAUCUGACAAUGACCCUGUCCCGCAAAACAGUGGUGGUGAUGAUGGGGGUUCCGAAGGAUCUGCAAAGCUCCCUUCGCCUUCAUCACUUGCUGGGUACCGUCUCAACCCCGUUGAAUUCGAGAAGGACGACGACAGCAACCAUCACAUUGACUUUAUCACUGCUGCAUCCAAUCUUCGUGCCAUGAACUAUGGUAUCAACAUCGCGGACCGUCAUACAACGAAACAGAUUGCUGGAAAAAUUAUACCUGCCAUUGCUACUACCACGUCUCUCGUGACAGGUUUGGUGUGCCUCGAGUUGUACAAGAUAAUUGACGGCAAGAAAAAGCUGGAGGAUUAUAAGAACGGAUUCGUCAAUCUUGCUUUGCCUUUCUUCGGAUUCUCAGAACCUAUCGCGGCUAAGAAGGCUAAGUAUGGGACGACUGAAUGGACCUUGUGGGAUCGCUUCGAGUUCAAAAACGAUCCGACGCUCAAGGAUAUCGUGACCUGGUUCAAGGCCAACCACGGCCUCGAUAUCACGAUGGUGAGCCAGGGUGUGAGCAUGUUAUGGAGCUCUUUCAUAGGGAGGAAGAAGGUCGACGAGCGACUGCCCAUGAAAUUCAGUCGUUUGGUGGAACAUGUAAGCAAGAAGCCCAUAGCUGAUCACGUCAAGCAACUCGUUGUGGAGGUGAUGGUAUCGGAUGAAGAGGGCGAAGACGUCGAGGUUCCCUUCAUUGUUGUUCGCAUUUGAGUGGAUUAGAGGCUUAUGUACUGAAAGGAUUAAGAAGACUUAGAAUAACGUGUACUUGACUUUUUAUGUGGCAUUGCAAUUCAACAGG